AAAGGGGUUAAAUUAAAACUCCAUUAACCAAAGAAAGAAAACAAGGGACGGACGUCCGUGCGAUCGAGAAGGGGGAAGCCACCGUACGUACGUAUGGGGGAGCCAAAGCCAAGAGUGAGCUGCGCUUCCUCCUCCACCACCGAUUCAUCCGCCGCCUCUCCAUUGCCGUCUCCUCCUCCUCCUCCUCUGCCACGUCACCAACCGGUCACCCUCGUCCAACCUUCCCAGAAGAAGAAGAACAAAACUAAAGUCUUUCGGGUUUUCCGCUCCGUUUUUCGAUCUUUUCCCAUCAUAACCCCUGCCUGCAAGAUCCCCGUCCUCCCCGGCGGCGGCCUCCCCGACCCUUACCGAGGCUCCAGCGGUUCCCGAGUCACCGGAACCCUCUUCGGCUACCGGAAGGGCCGAGUCAGCCUCUCCAUCCAGGAAACCCCUCGUUGUCUACCCUCUCUCGUCGUCGAGCUAGCCAUGCAGACGAUGGUUCUUCAGAAGGAGCUUAGCGCGGGGAUGGUGAGGAUAGCGCUCGAGACGGAGAAACGAGCCGAUAAAGAGAAGAUUCGGAUAAUGGAUGAGCCCUUGUGGACGAUGUAUUGCAACGGGAAGAAGACGGGUUACGGCGUGAAACGUGACGCGACGGAGGAGGAUCUGAACGUGAUGGAAUUGCUAAGGGCCGUGUCGAUGGGAGCGGGAGUCUUGCCGGGAAACUCAGAGGCAGAGGGUCCAGAUGGCGAGAUGGCGUACAUGAGGGCAUACUUCGAACGCGUUGUCGGAUCCAAAGAUUCCGAGACCUUUUACAUGUUGAGUCCGGAAGGGAAUAACGGACCCGAACUUAGUAUUUUCUUCGUCAGGGUUUGAGUUUUUUGUUCCUUUUGACAACCUUGUAUACGGUGUACUUGUAUCUACGUACGUACGGAAGAGGCAUGCAUGCAUGGAUCUUGAUAGUUACGUAUGGUUGAGGAGAGAUGAAAUGUACGAUAGUUUUUCUUGGUGGCGAGGGUUUCGGGGUUUGAAGGAAGGAUGACUCAUGUAUUGAUCGUAGGUUAUAAUAAAUCAGCCAAUGAGAUUUUUUUGUUGUUGCUUUGAAUACGUGCAAAUAACUCACUACUUGUAACUUGUAAGCAUAGAGUUCAGAUGGAACUGGACGUACGAGAAAAAUCUCAUUUAUGUCGUCA